AUGUCUCAGUUCCUCUCCAUCGUGGGCUGGGCCUUUCUCCCUGGCAUUGCGACGUCUUGGAUCCAGACCAUCUACUACGGUCUGACGAUUCGCGCCGGCGACCCCAAGCCCGCGCCGGGCUCCGCGCGACACACCUCGCACCGCAACACGAUUCACAUCCUCGUCGUGGCGUCGUACCUCUUGUACACCAUCUUCGAGGCCAACUACGACUUGCGCUCUGCGCCCUCGUUUUACACGGAGCUCGGCAUCCCCGUGACGGCCGCCGACCGCGACAUCAAGUCGCGGUUUCGGCGGCUCGCGGCGCUGCACCACCCGGAUAAGCUGGGUCCCGGGCGCAGCGACGCCGACGCCUCGUCGGCGUUUUUUAUGCACCUCAAGACGGCGAGCGACACGCUGCAGGACGCGGCGAAGCGGUACGCCUACGAGCGCUUCGGCCCCGCGAUGCUCGCGUGGCCGCGGUGCGUCACUGUCCGCGACUUUGUGACGCACGGCGUCGUGUACAACGUGCUGCCGUACUAUGGCCUCGCCGCCGCCACCGUGUACGCCUUUGGCCUCGUCGGCUACAUGGACUUUGCCAAGUUUUACCGCUGGCUGCUGCUCGUCGCGCUGUGCCUGCUCGAGGUGACGGUCGCGACGCGGCCCGCCUUUCCCGCGCCGCUGCGCGCCCUCAACGCCGUGCUCGGCCGCGUCGCCGGCCUGCCCCCGUAUCUGCCGUUUGAGCUCGUGCACCUCGCGCGCAAAGUCACGCUGACUGUGUAUAUUGCGCUCUCGCAGAUUGGCCCGAUUGUGCUCGCGCAGGUGGUUACCCCCUCCGCCGCGGCGGACAAGGGCGUCGAGGACGAGGACAAGGCGAUGCGGGACGGCUUGCUGCGGCUCGAGGGGCUCACCAGACAGCUGGACGCUGACGCGGCGAGGCUUAUUGAUAUGGAGCUCACGCCGUUCAAGGGCGACGAGGACAUGGCGGGCAAGAUGCGCGCAAAGAUGCGCGACUGGCUGAUCAAUAACACGAUUCGGUCGGAUCCAAUGGUCAAGGAUGCGCUGGGCCAGUCGUUUAGAAAGAGGCGCGUGGAUGCGCCUGUAGGCGCCAAGGGGAAUAGAUAG